AUGGACACCCACGAAUACACCAUGGCGCACGCCUCAACACUCCUUGCCCGCGCCGACUCCAGCGGCCGCCCACCCGUCUACAAAGUGAUCGGAAUCUGUCUAGCCGUCGCAUCAGGCGUCUUCAUCGGUAUAUCCUUCGUCAUCAAGAAAAUCGGCCUCCUCAAAGCCAACGUGAAAUACAACGAGGAAGCCGGCGAGGGCUACGGAUACCUGAAGAAUUUCUGGUGGUGGUGCGGAAUGACGCUGAUGAUCCUGGGAGAGAUCUGCAACUUUGUCGCCUACGCCUUUGUCGAUGCGAUCCUGGUGACGCCGCUCGGCGCCCUAUCCGUCGUGAUAACGACGAUUCUGUCGGCGAUUUUCUUGAAGGAGCGCCUCAGUUUCGUUGGCAAGGUCGGCUGUUUCUCGUGCAUUGUUGGCUCGGUGGUUAUCGCGAUGAAUGCGCCUGAACAGUCCUCCGUCAGCAAUAUCCAGGAGAUGCAGCACUUUGUCAUUUCGCCGGGCUUUCUGACGUAUGCGGGUGUUAUUCUUGUCGGGGCCUUGUUUACGGCUGUUUGGGUUGCACCGAGGUAUGCGAAGCAGAGCAUGUUUGUUUAUAUUGGCAUUUGCAGUUUGGUUGGUGGGUUGAGUGUGGUUGCGACGCAGGGUCUGGGCUCGGCUAUUCUCGCGCAGAUUAAUGGUGAACCACAGUUUAAGCAGUGGUUUCUUUAUGUCUUGUUUGUGUUUGUUGUUGGGACUCUCCUUACGGAGAUUAUUUAUCUCAAUAAAGCUUUGAAUUUAUUCAACGCCGCGCUCGUCACACCGACUUACUACGUCAUGUUCACCACUGCGACCAUUGUUACUUCUGCCGUCUUGUUCCAGGGUUUCAAGGGUACCGCGGUCCAGAUUACCACCGUUAUCUUGGGAUUCUUGCAGAUUUGUGCUGGCGUUGUUCUGCUACAACUGUCCAAGUCUGCCAAAGACGUCCCUGAUGCCGCGGUGUUCAAGGGUGACCUGGAUCAAAUCCGCGAGGUUGCUACGCAAGAAGAGCCCGAGUAUGAGCCUAAAGCAGACUCCAUCCGCGGCGCUGCGUCUAUCAUUCGACGUAUCUCGACCACCCGUCGCACUGCCGAGGCCGACGAAGCCAAACGAUAUAUUCACGAGAAGCAUGAAGAUUUCCUCAAGCCACCCGGUGACAAUGAGAUCAUCGAAUGGGAUGGUAUUCGCCGCCGCAGGACGGUUGUCGGCGAAGGCCCAACGAUGUCUCGACCGAUUACUCCACGCUCCCCUUCGAUCAGACAGCAAUUGCCUCCACUAGGCAUGUCUCGUUUCCCGGAUCACGACGAAGAAGAAGACGAAAACCGACCUACUACCAAGCAAAGCGGCCGCUCAUUCUUCGGCGAUGUCCGAUCUCGCACUUCUAGCGUUCUCCACCCCCACUGGACCCCGUUGAACGAGCAAGAAGAGAACGAGAAACGCAUGAGUGGCGCCGUCCCUGAUACCGAGUAUCACGGCGCCGACCAGGCAGGACUCCAACUUCCAACGCACCGCAUCGGCCGCGAGCGCAGCGACACGCCCCGAUCAAUUUCGUGGGCCGAUGAGAAUGGCGCCGAAGGCACCGACUCACGCCCUGGCAGUGCACGCCGCCAGUUCUCUUUCAACAACAUGGUUAGUCGGAUGAGAGGACACCGCGAACCCUCCCCCAAGCGCUCCGCCAGUCCACCGCGUGGUAUCCUGCGCAGAUCCCAGCUCGUUCCAGGCGGCGACCUCCGCCGAACAGCUACAGAAGAAGAACAACUCGGUCUAGUAAAGGGCGACUCACGCUCCGCCCAGCCCGAAGCCGAAAUCUCGGAAACCCUAGGCGAGAAAUUAGAGCGCUGGUCCAGCAGUGAAUCCGAACUCAGCGAAGCUCACCCUAUGGUCCCUAUCCCUGCCCGUGGCUCUGCCUCUGCGCCUGCCCUUGCCCUCCCUCCUCCUGGACCCAUCCCCGCCAGUCGACCUCACGGCGACUCGGUCUCUAGCAUGUCAACGGCAGCCUUCCCACCAUACGAAGAUCACCAUGCAUUCUACACCCAGGGAAACACUUCAAAUCCAUACUACCUGCCCCCUUCCCAUCAGACCUCCACCUCUCCAGAGCGAAUGUCAAUAGGCCCUGAACACGACGGCUGGCAACAUCCCCGCGGCCAACGAUCACGCACACGAACCAAUUCUUCCUCUCACGCCCGCGCUCCCCCGCCCUCGCAGUCUUCUUUCUCAACGCACCGCCACCCAAAUCCCCUUCCCCCUCUGCCGGAUAGAGAGGAACCCGCUACUACAACUGCUGGUGGGGCGGACGAUCAUGGCCAUGUUCACGACGACGCUCACAACAAUAACGCCCGUCCAAUCAGUCUCGUCCGUCAACAGAGCGGUUGGCGCAGACACAUGUCUGAAGCAAGCAGCGACGACGGCUCGACAUAUGAAACGCGCAGCAGACCAGGACAAGGCCAUUAA